GUGGCGCGCGCCAGUCGUACACUGAAAGGGAAAGCGACUGCAGCGCCCUGUCCGGCUACUUGCGUUAUUUACACUUUUCAUUUCAUUCUUCGAUCGCGGUUUCCGCAAUACUGAGGCACCAAAAUGUGUUCACGCUCGUGUUUAGAUGUAGUUUUAGUCGUAUCGUAAUCGAAAUAUUGUAAAUUUUACUUUACUUCCGAAAAAGUUUUAAACUUCGCGUUCGGAGUUUCGUACACAGAGUACAAAAGACUCAGGUUUUAUCGGCGAUGGCUCCACGAAGACACAACAACAACGGUCUGAUGGUCGAGGGCGUGGUGGACCCGGAGACUAUCGAGAACCACAACCCCAACGUGACGGCGUGCUGCGUCCCCAGCGGCGAGUGUCUGCGGAACUACACACCCAUCUGUCUGGACGAUCUGCGAGAGACUGUGAGAGUGACCUGCAACAACGACCACUGCACGGCGGGCAGGUACAUGCACAGGGAGUGCUUCGACAACUGGGAGCAGACGGUGCUGACGUACCUCAAGAGCUGCGGCAGAGCCAGGUCCUGGUCGGAGCGGCAACGGCACCAGAACCUCUGGACCAAGAAAGGCUACGAUCUGGCGUUCAAGGCGUGCAGCUGCAAGUGCGGUCGUGGACAUCUGAAGAAGGACCUGGACUGGGUACCGCCGCCACCGGGGUUCGGCGCCAGGGAGGACGACGCCAUCAACAAGAAGAAGAAACGUCGUCCCAAGAACACACGGCCGACCCUAGCUGUCUCCGCACACCACAACACCACAUCCCAGACCAUCGAUACGUUGAGGGCUCGCGCAGGGAGUCUGUCGUCCAGCAACGAGUCUGCCUCACCGCCGGGCUCUGCCUCCAGCGUGUCCCCCGUCCACAACAACACCAAGAAGAAGUCCAAGUUCGUCGAGUUCUUCUCAGACAGACAAAGUUCCAUGAACGGCAACGGUAUUUUCUCCAGACGCCAAGAUUUCAGCUCCUUCAACUCACUGCCUCGCCACAAGCUCAACUCCUAUCAUAUCAAGAUGGAAGACGAGGGUAACCAUGGUAACGACGACACUCGAUGCUUCAUUCUGUCCACUCUUGCUUCUCACUCGACAUCCAGAGUGCCUUGCAUCCUCUGCAAUGUUCCCAUGCUGGUGUUUGAUCGCUAUCCUCUCAUCGAUGGAACCUUCUUCCUCAGUCCUCGUCAGCACAGCAAAGCUUGCAUCGAGGUAAAGGUAGAAGGACGUACCCAGUUCCUGACCGCAGUCUGCAUGGGAUGUCUGGAGGCCUGGGCUCCUGGACGUAGGCUCAGGUGUAGAUUCUGUUCCACUUCAUGGGACGGAUCCUCUCUUGUUCUUGGCACUAUGUACUCGUAUGAUGUCUUCGCUGCCAUGCCCUGCUGUACUGAGCGACUUAAGUGUAACGGAUGUGCCAAAGCCCUUCUGCUGCCCCACCAGAGACUCAACUUCUUCAGCGACUACAGUCACCGAGUGACCUGUCCUCACUGCGGCACGGCAGACCACCACUUUGUCAAGCCGCUGGCCUCCUGCUACUCUCGAGAGUGGCCAUAACGCCCAAAGGCCCAGGAGGAGGAGUUCCGAGUCAAAGCCGUCGAGUCACUCCUUCGUCAGACCUGGGAGACAAAGCUGGCCGAUCUCAUGCUGGCGUUUAACGCGUUCGGACUCUCUUGAACACUGUCUGUGAUGUGUGCCUGUUCCGAACAAGCAUUCCGAGUUAUUUUCGACCCACCAUUUAUUUGCAUUUUACUAGGUUUGAUUUUAGUUAAUUUGUAUAUAGUUUCGUGUUAUUCUUCUGUGAUUUGCCAAACCCACCAGUGUUGGUAAAGUGACUACGGAUGACUCUUGUCUGCUGUCCAGAUAAUAUAACUGUGACUUGUGAUGAACUGUGUAAAUAUUGGUGUCUAAAACUUGUUUUACUAGUGUCAGUUUUUAUUCGCAGGACAUUCAUUUUCAUUAGGUUUCUUUGAUUUAGACAAUUUCAGUUAGUUUUUUGUUGAUGUCAAAUGUGUUGUGAGUUUUAGGACACUGCUCAAUCGCUCUUUGUUGUAAAUUAGGUUUAAGAUGGACUCAUAUUCAAAUUGCGCCGCUUACUAUAGGUUAAGGGAUCGUCCAUAUCUUGCAAAAUCUAAAUGUAUCUGUGCCAUGCUUGGUCCUUCCAACAGCGGGUAUGAACAAUCACCUAUGUACAAAAAUAGAAAAUGUUACAACCUCCUACCGCUAAUGUACAAAUGGAAUUACUAAAGGAAGGAGUUUGAGGAAGUUUAACAGACUGUUGUCCCUACUCCUUUUUGGACUUUCACAAAUUUUAGACUCUAGGUAAAUUUUAUGAAAUUGUCUUCGUUUCUUGUCUUGUAAACACUUUAAACUAAAAAAGUUAUUAUUAAAUAAAUUGUCAAAUAAUUCAUCAGGCAACGGUUAAGAACAUGAGGAAGCUCGUAGUUAUUCAUGCGCUGUCCUCCUUAAAUGAUAAAUCUGACUGAAAACUAUUUAAUGUAAUACUUUAGGAUAGUUUUCAGUCAGAUGCACCACAUGUUUUUCACCCUAGAAUGAUUAAGGGUGAAAAUAAACUCUUUACCAUUUCUAAAUUCAAUUUGAUUGAGUUUAAAGUAAAUUUACUUUAGUUGGAAGAUUAUAAAUAUAAGUCAAAGGGUUCCUGUUAAGUCCACAUCUUUGAGUUUUUGUAUUUAAUACAAUUUUGUGCAGAUCUGCAUUAAUAUAAAUUUAAAAUCUAUGGAACAAGCCCUUACAAAAAAACAACAUGUAGUGAGUGACCAAGUGUCAAUCUCUUCGCCUUUUUGAGAGUACAACUUAGAAAAUGUCUAUUAAAAAAGACUGAAUAAAAUAAAAUUUGUGAAAGUCCAUUGAAUAUGAAUAAAAACAGCAUUUAAAUAUUAUAUUUAAUGCCGGUUUUGUUCUUAAUACUCAGGUUUGAAAACUCAAAAGAUGAUAAGAAUUAAAGAUCCGUGUUAAGAAAUUAGAGUCUAUAUAUAAAGUAUUAAUAAAGUUAUAUAUUAUAUAUGAUAUAUACUACUUCGCUACCUUAUUGGUGUGAAUGAAUGUCAUCACUGGACUCAGUUUGUGUGUACAUUUGUAUAUAAUUUCUCAGAAGUUGAGUUUCCAUGAAAUGUGACACUCCUCAAGUCAAAUUACCCCGGGUCCUAACCUAAAGGACGCUUGCAUCUCGCAUGAUCCCUGCUGACCUAGCGUAAGUCUUACUCUUCCUAUCGGUGUUUUUCUAAGCUUUUGUAGAAUAUAAUAUUUUCAUACUGUAUAUCGAUCUUCUAUGAGCUUUGUAACAAGGGUGCUUAGUAGAAAGUGCUCAGCUGUUCCCUGUAGCGGGAGAUUUAUUCAUCGUUACCACCUAGAGUCGGCGAGCCCCAGGCCUAAUACUUGGUGAAAUUAUAUUUUUGUUGUACGUAGUUUUGUAUAUUGGUAAAAUAAAGUUUAUAUUGCACAAAAUUACUCCUAAACGUUUGUAUAAUAAGGGUUGGUGCAUCGGAAAGAUCGUUUAUUAAAAUGUUGAAGUGUGACGAUUUUCUGUCAAGCUGGUGCAGUGGACCAAGGAAGGGAAGCACUGUGGAAACUUUGGUGGUCUAUUUUAUUUGUCAAAAUAUUAUUGUAAAAACCAUACUUUCUUUCAUUGAAAUUCUUUUGAUCAUCUUGUGAAGAUAAUUAAUAUUUACAUUUUCAAUUAAUUUAUAAAAGAAAGUUACUCAUUAUACAUAUCUGUUAUUAACUUUAAAAGUAUUUGAGCAAUAAAUUAAAUUAUUUUAUAUUUAAUUAUUACUUUCUAGGAUUGUAUUUAUUUAUUGAAGUUUUUAUAGUGAUUAAAAUAUUUUUGUACCACCAAAGUUGGGUUGGAAAACCACCACCGGUAUUUUUAUCAAUUAUUUGUAUUUGUUGAGCAAGGUUCCACCAUAGGCCUAAUUAAUGAUUAGUAAUACUAUUGAUUAGUGUGUAAUAUUGUCAUUUAAAUAUGUAGUUUGGUUUUAAUUGUAAUGUUGAUAAGGCUUAUUGAAAAACUAAAACCACAUUCAUGUCUCUAAUACCAAUCUGUCAAUGAAGUCCUACUUGUAAACAAGAAAUAUAAAAAAUACCAGAUUUGUAAACAUAUAUUAAAUUUCCUCCUUAAAUAUGACUAAAUAAUAUUUUCUAGCCCACAGUUACAGGAAAAAAAAUUAAUACCAGUCUAAAUUACAUUAAAAAUGAACUCAAUACAUUUCCUAAACUAAAAACAAAACAAAAACUAUUUGGGUAAAAUGUUGGAGCUUUUUGGUAUGUGGCCAGCCACGAAAUACAUCGGCCACGUUUAAUCAGGGUAGUCGAUACUAUACCAAAUGUGUUUCAUGAAGGCAUUUUCAAGCCAUCUUUUUCUAUCACACUAACAUAAGUAUUUUUCAUUGUUUAUAUAUAAAUAACCAUCAAUGACUAAAAUCGUCAUAAAAAUUUGUGUAAAGUCGUUAAAAUUUGUUAUGAACUUUUUAUAACGUUUUAUACCUUUUUAUCUUUUCUACUUAAUGACUAAGAUUGUUUAUCCAGUAAAGUGUUGUUAUGUGCUUUGCAUGUCAAUGUAUUCGCUUCGCUCAAUGUCUCUGCAUGGCUUUUGUGUAAAUAUUUGUCAGUAUUCACAUUUUCUCACUCCAGAUUACUAAAGCACAAAUAGAUAAGCCAUACAAUAACAAACAAUGCACAGAAUACAGCUUCUAGGCCAGUAUCUUGUAAGUAGCUUUUAAAUCUCUUCUGAUGCAGAUUGAAUAGUAUUUUGUAUUCGAAUGAUCUUUUUAAAUGAAGAUGAUUUUAGUAAUGUUUUAAAACAACUGAAUUGAUACAGUAAUUGUUUUAUCAAGUCAGGGAUCCUAGCUACAUGUUAGCUACAUUUCUACAAUAUGUAUCCAUAGCAGUACUGUGUGUGUGUGAGUGUAUGCAUGAGUGUGUGUGUGAGAAGCUGUACCUCUGUGCUCCAAUGCAUGACAGACUGAUCACAAAAUACAUAAGGAGAGGCUAAGACCAGUACAAAACUUGGCUACCAUAGUCCAACGCCAAGUAUCGAUGUCUAUCUACAGUAUAUACAUUCACUGUUUGUUGUCUUUGUUUAUCCUACCUCGGCAAACAAACACGAAUGGUACAAAAGUUCUGAACAAUACAAAUUCCGUUUGCUACUACCUCGUCCUGUUCUCUACCUCUAGCUGCUGCAGUUCAAGCAAUAAUCUCAAUCAUGGGAGACUCUGACUAAAGACAGAGCUGCAUGUGUAUUUGAAGUUUUUAUUGGAAUUGGCAAAGCCAACAUUCUAAAUGGAAGAAAAUCUUUUGUGAAACAGUUAAACCCGUAAUAUGUCUAUUGGUAGGACAUGAUUUUUAUAAAAUUUACUGGAAAUUUGAAUCACAAUAACUUAUUAUCAAACUUUCUAAACCUGGAAAAGGGUCUAAGCAAUCAAUUAAAAAGCAUUUGGAAUUUUAAAAGAAAUAAUUAAAUUAUCUUACUUUAUAUCUG